ACAGAAGACGAUCGCGUCAGCGUAUCUUGCGGUCUCCUUAGCGCGGUCUUUCAUCGGUUACCUCAUUGGCCGAACUGAUUAGGCACGUACAAACUCGCUAGCUCUUUUCCUGGUAGCUCAGUUCCUUCGUGUUCCUUUGAACUGUGAGUGUAAACCGCUGUACUCGAGAAUAAGGAUUGUUACGCUUGCUCUGUGAUUUCUGAGCUUGAGUGGAGAGAAAUUUGUUUAUCCAAAAGAGAAUUAUCAGUGACAAAUUAUUUUAGCCGGGCGGGUAAUGGCUGAAUACAAGGAGCCGGCUACUUAUAUGUUUAACAACUUCGAGUUGAAGAGAUGGCUUCACGGAGACGAAAAUCGUCGUCGUAUGCUGCUGGUCAAGCUAAAGAAUGAUUUACGGAAUCUGGGAUUAUCGAAGCGGGCGACACGAGCAGGACUCGUACAGCUUGCAAUGAAGCCAUGCGUGAUUCUAAAACGACUGUCGGUUUCCUGUUACAGAAAGAAGUUACUGCAAUCAUCGCAUAGUAAUUUCAUUCCGAUCCACAAGGAAACCAAUCACCGAGACGAUGCCGAAAACAGACUAGAAGACAACUCGUACAAUAUUGUUCAACACACAUUCGACGCACAAAUUCCAAAUACUGUUAUUGGUAUAACAUUGAUUAAUGCGGUAAACGAUAAUAAAACGUGUCAAAAUAAGAUUCAAGAGUGUGAUUUGUUCAGAAAAGAAUCGUCAGAUGACACUAAACAAGAUUUUAAUCAAAAAGUAGCAACAAAUAUUUCUCAUAUUGAUAUUACAUCAACAAAUUAUAGAGAUAUUUUUCCAAAAAAAUCUGCUAUUGAAGCGUCACCUAGCUUUUCCUCGUCGGAAGAUGAAUCGUUAAACAAACAUAUACAAAAUAUUGUUCAUGAAUUUAUAAACAAAUCAUUAGAUACAAUUGUGCCAUUUCAAUUGAAGGAACAUUCAGAUUCUAAAAGUAGUAUCGCUCCUUUGAAAGAUGUUUUUAGAGGAGAACAUAGGGAAAAGAAAGACUGUGAAAUAAGGCAAGAAUUUUUCCCAGUAAAAAGCAAACUAUUAGAUAUAUCACAAGAAGAUUCCUAUAAAUCUAAAACUGAUAAUAUCCUUGAAAAUAAUAUUAGCUCAAGCAACGCAAUAAUUUCAGAAUCGAAAACAUAUGCAAAAAUAAAAGUAAUUAAUUUCGUAGGUAAGAUUCAAAAUGUGUCUGCUUCAGAAAAAUCAGAAAAGUCAAUUGAACAUAUCGAUACAUUAUUAUGUCAAACGCCCAUAAAGGAAGAUAUUAAUGAAACAAAAGUAUAUUUAGAAUCUAAAAAUUCGCAAACAGAGAGUCAGCCUAAUGAAACAGAUUCUAAAACAGUAAUUAAAAGAAAGAUACGUUCCGAAAGUUUAGAUCGAAAUAUAUCGUUGAUAAAGAAACCAAAGAAGAAUGAAGUGAAUAUGUCACCAAAGAAAGUAGUAGCAGAUAGUACUAUCGGAACAUCUCACUACGAAAUGCUAUCCGACAAUGAAUUAGUUCACACAGGAAAUGAAAAAAAUGAGGAGAGCACGAAAUGUAUGAUAAGAGAAAGAGGAAGUUCUAAAUUCCUGAAGCGAAUAAGUGAACGACAUAGGAAAAAAGAUAAUAUGAAGAUUAUAAAGAUACGAGCAAAAUUUCAUGAAUGUUUUCGAGGCAAUUUCGAUACCGACACAAGUGAAAGUGAAGAGGAACGCGAAAUUCUGUUGAAUUUAAAGAAAAAUAAACAACAGUUCGAUGAUCCAUUACAUAAUAGUAUAACAGAAGAAAAGGUAGAAUAUAUUUUUGAAAGAAAUAAGUUAACGCAUGAUUUAUCGGUUAAUAAUUGGCAAAAAAAUAUAGAGAGCACAAUACCAGAUAAAAUAAGAUCCGAGAACUUAUACGAUUCCACUGUAUCCGACAAAGAAUACGAUACUGUAAUAAAAAACCAGAUAGAAGAUAGUGCAUCGUUAGAUAAAUAUACUAUGUUAACUAACAAUUCGCAGGAAAGUACAGAGAACAUAAACUCAGAUAAUUUAUGCGAUUCUAGCACAUACGCCGAAAAGUUUGAUGCAAGCGAUGCUACAACAGAUAAAGAAAUGGUAUCGAUAUGUAAAUGUAUAAGCACUUCUGUUAAUGCUUCACAGAAAGAUAUAGAUAACAUAUACUCUGAUGUUUCAUGUGAUUCCGAUGCAUGCACCGAAAAAUAUUCUCCGUCCAAUGUUAUAAUAGACGAGGAGAUAAAAGAAGAAGCAUUGGUUUGUAAACAUGGCAUGUCAGAUAAUAAUUUUCAGGAAAAAUUUAAGAAUUCAAACAAUCCCUCUACAUACAAAAAAAAGUAUGCUAUGAAAGAAAAGAACAUACAAGAUGGAGCAACAGUAUGUAAUUAUGAUGUGUCAAUUAAUAAUUCGCAAGAAGAUAUGGAUGUAUCGGCCGAAGUAAGAUCUGAUAACUCAAGCGAUUCUUCUAAUUGCACCGAGAAGUAUUGUGCUACAAAUGUUAUUGUAACAAGAAAGGAAAUAAAAAAUAAAGCAUUGAUAUGUACAAAUGAUACGUUAAUUAAUAAUUCACAGGAAAAUAUAGAGAAUGCAAUACUAGCUGAAGCAAAGUCUGAUAAUUUAGGGAAUUCCAUUGGAAGAAUCAAAAAAUGUGAUAUUACAAUAAAAAAGAAGAGGAUAAAUCAUGACGAAUCAAUUAAUGAUGAAUCGAUAUGCAUAUUACCUGAUAAUUCACAGAAAAAUAUAGAGAGCGCAAUACCGCUUGAAGUGAUGGCCGAUAAUUCAUGCAAUUCCACUGUAAAUACCGGAAAAUACAUUAAACAUAAUACUAUAACAGAUGAAAAGAAAGAUGGAGCAUCAUCAAUAUAUAAACACAGCACUUCUAAUAAUUCGUGCAUUUCCAUUCCAAAUAUCGAAAAAUAUUCCACCCACAAUAUUGUAACGGACGAAAAGUCAGAAGAAGAAGCAUCAACAUAUAAAUGUGAUACACCUGUUAAUAAUUCGCAGGAAAAUAUAGAGAGUAUAAUACCAAUUGAAGUACAAUUCGAUAACUCAUGCGAUUCUGAGUGCGAAAUUCAUUCCACUGUGAAUGUCGAAAAGUAUGACUCUAUGCACGAUACUGCAAAAGAUAAAGUAAAAAAUAGAACAUCAAUAUGUAAGCGUAACAUAUCAGCUAAUAAGUCAAAAAAUAUAGGAAAUGUAGUCUCGGCAGAAAAAGAGGGCAUACAAAAUUCUUCGUCAACUGACACGGAAAAUAAUAGUAAAUGUGAUAUUAGCGCGAAACAUAAUAUACCGUCCAUGAUUGAAAUAAAUGUAGAUGAAAAUAUGAGUAUAGAAAAUAUAUAUUUAAAUAAAAAUAUAAAGAAGAAAGCAGAUACCAGUUACAAGGAAGCGGAAGAGGUAAGUGUACAAAAUCUGCAAAAAAAUCAAGAAAUGCGCAAUGUCGAAAGUAUUGAUUUAGCGCAACACAAAAAUAUGCAAAAAAAUGCACCGUCAAAUUUGGAAUUGCUAAUCAUAUCUACAUUCGAAUCAACAUCGUGCAAUGUUGGUAAAAAAGAUAGCCGUGACAUGUUAGAAAAAAAUGUCGAAAAUUUAUUAUUAUCAAGUAACGAUAACAUGGGAAAAGACGAAAAAACAAUUGAUCAGCUUUCAAUGAUAACAUCAAAAUUAAAAAAAAAUUCUUCGGAAGAAAAAAGUAACGAUUCUUUUUCCAUAUUACCGUCAAAUUCAUCUAGCAAAUCAAAUUAUAGUGAUAAUUGCUCGUUAGACAUUCACUUAACAGAUGAUGAUAACAGUAGUGAUAUUGAAGUAGAAAUAAAAAUAAAACCCAAAUUGAAAUCUCGAGUAUCACGGAAAUUUUCAUUAAAAGCACCUUGGUCUGCAGUAAAUACAUGUAUCAAAAACUUACACACACUUAAGGAUAAUCCGAGCUUUCUUAAUGAACUUUUGCAGAUGGAUCAUAGAACAUCUGAAAAGUUUAAUCGCAAGGUCACAAAUACAAAAGAAAAGAAAGACGAUACGUCAUUAGAUAAUGUUACUGCCGAGACUGACGAAAUCAUAUAUAAUUCUAGUCCUACUAUUAAAGAUGAUGAAAAUCAUUCUCAACAACGAAAUUCUCAAAGUCCAAUUUUAAACGAAGAUAAAAAUAUGAUAGCCCAUGAUGAUAAAAAAGAUAAAGAUAAAUGCACUCAAUCUCCCUUACAAACGGUUCCAAUAACAACUGAAAAUAAUCUUAACUCAACUAGACUUGUGUGUGAUAUAUCCGAUUUGGGAAAGCAGUCACAAAAAAUUAUCGCAAACGAUAAACAGAAAAACAACGAAGAACAAAAUUUUCAAGAUAAAACAAUUUUAGAGGGAAUUAAAAAUGUGGUGGAGCAUAAGAAAAGAGUUGAAGAAGUUGAAAUAUUGUCUACCGAGAGAAAGAAAUCGCAGAUAACGACUAAAAAUAAUCUUGAAUCAAUUAAAGCUGCAUACGACACGUCUGAUGUAACAGAACAGUUACCACAAACUUCCUCGGAUAUGACACAUAAGAAAGUACGAGUCCGUUCUAUUGCGGAACUUAGUUAUCAGUGUAUCGAGAAAUCUGUGAAUCUAACUGCAUCGAUUCCAAGGAGUGUAUGCUCAACAGCAUUCUGUCAGUCAGUAUCUCAAUCGACAACUGUUCAUUCAAUAUCUUCUCAAUUAGCACCUCAAUCAACAUCCUUUCAAUCAGCACCUCAAUCAACAUCCUUUCAAUCAGCACCUUCUCAAUCGAUAGCUUUUCAACCAAUACUUCCUCAAUCAACAUGUCCUCAAUUAGGACGUCCUUUAUUGGUACCUCCUCGAUUUACAUUUCCUCAAUCAACAUCUCAAUCAGCAUCCAAACGACUGUCGCCGCCAUCAUAUAACACUACUCUUAAACAUACAUACCUCUCACCUAAUACAAGUUCCGCGGUUGCACCGGUUGAAGUUAAUAUUCCAAAUAAUAACAACACUCUCAGAAAUUUAAUACAGAUUACAAUCAAAAAUAUCUGCACUAAUGUUGGAUAUUGUCGCAAUCUUGAUCAAUAUAAUCAUGUAAGAAUAAAUUUUCCUGAAGAUUACGUACAAAGAUUAUCUAUAACUAUGCAACAAAUAAGUCAAGACUUAGAAAACUUGAAAACGUGGCUGUAUAUGAAGGAUAUUGACAGCACGCUGAUUUACGUUAAUUUUUAUAUGCCAAAAAAUUACCCAGUGACAGUUCCGGAAUUGAAAAAAUAUGUGCAAAUUUGUUAUGAUUACUUACACAUCUCGCAGCAAAAUUAUGCAAACUCAUCACAAUAUCCGAAACAGAUACCGAUUAACAGAUUACUUUCAAAUGCAUCAAUGUCGAAUGUUAACGCGCAACAAUUGUCGAGAAAUAUUUUAUUUCCAGAUGCAAGAAUGUUAAAUCGUGAUACAUUCAUGCAAUCUUCAACAAUGCCGUGCCCGGCACCAACUAUCUCAAACAUUAACCAACAGCAAUUGGUCAGAAAUUCAGCUAAUUCUACACAAGUACCACACUCGAGACAAUCUAGGUCAAAUAUUCAUCAAUCAUAUAUGUCUUAUGUACCAUUUACAGCACAGUCACGUAUACCGAACGCUAAUCAACAACAAUCUUUAGAAAAUGCGAGUUAUCCGAUACAAGGCCGAUAUAUGCCAGCAAAUAUAUUGAAUGUUGGCGUUCAACAGGAUUUUCUAAUUAUGAAUAACAUUUCAUCAUCGAAUGUUAAUAUGCGCUCGCGUGAACCAGUAAAUCAAGGAAAUGCAAACGUGUCUCCUACAACUAACAUGAGACAACAAUUACACACCUUGCAGCAAAAUACAAUUAGCAAUACUGCAACCGCAUCUACUGCUAAUAACGUGCAACAACAGAAACCAAUGUAUCUUCAAACAUCGCAAAUAAACUUAAGAACAGCAGUUCAUCCAUCGCCUAUGACAAAUCAAAAUAAUUCUCUUGGAAUACGUCAGACUGUAUCAGGCUGUGACAAUGUUAACUUAUCUGGAUCUUUCACGAUAAAUCCUGAUACCUCAAGAACCAACGCUGCAAUGGAAAAUGCUAGACAUGGGAGCACCAAUGUGAAUCAGCAGCAAGCAAACUGCAGUCCACAAGUAUCUCAACUAUUUUCAGGAAAAACGCAACAUUUGCCGCAAUACAAUUCAAACCAAACUUAUCUUAUUGUAUCUCAAUCUGCACAGUCCAACAUACAAACACAUCCCGUUCAGAAUACUUUGCCAAAUCAAAACGUGUGGCAGAUACAACAGCAAUUGGCGGUAAAUCAAGUGAAUACAAAUAUGCCUCCUACAACCAACAGGAAACAGUCAUACAUCGUAAGAAAUGUAGUUAGUAAUACUACAACCGAAAAAAGCCAAAGAUAUAUCUUGCCCAAAGAUACAUCCAAGAUAUAUCCAAUUGAUCUAUCGAUUAAUGAUAUCCCGCAGAAUGUACAACAAAACAUGUCGCAGCAGAAAUUGCCAAUAAAUCAAGGGAAUCCAAACAUGCCUCCUACAAUCAAUAUGAAACAAUCACACAUUACAUCAAAAAAUCCAAUUAACAGUACAACCGUAACAAACCAGUAUGUAAUAUCCAAAGAUACAUCUAUACAUCCAAUUAAUCUAUCGACUAACAAUACAUUGCAAAAUGUGCAAGAAAACGUGCUGAAUAAAGAAGGAGAGAUGGCAGAGUCACAAAAUACAAAUCGCAUGCAAAAGAAGGCACAAUCUAUGAAUCUGCAACAAGAUACGCAUCAAGAAAUUCUAAGCGCAUGCAACAAAUUGCAAAAUGUUGAUACUGUUUCGGAAAACACAAGGUCUUUUACACAAAGAUUGAGUGUCUUACAAAAUAUGAUGUCCACAAUAUCUCCAAAUAAAAAUGAUGCAGUGUUAUUUUUGUCCGCAAUUGAACGAAAAAAGCAAAGAAACAAAGUUACGUUCCCUAAUAAUCUGGCGAUUCUAACGGACAUUCAGAAAAUCCUAUUGCGUGAUCAAAUAAAAUCGUAUUUUAUCAUGUGGGACGAACUGAAACAAUUGCUUAGCAAGCAAGAAUUCGAACGAAUACAUAAUGAGAGAAUAAUACUGUUUUACUCGUACGUGAAUUUAGAUGAUUACAUAAAAAGCAUAAUAAACGAGUCACAGACGAUUAAAAAAUCCAUCGAAAAAAGUUUACAAGAUAAUACGUCACAAAACAAAUCAACAUUACAAGAGGAUACAAUACAAACAUCCGUAGACAAGUUAACGACUCUACUUAAUCAAGACAAUGAAAAUAGUUUAGAAUGUAAUAGGAUUUUAGAAAAGCAAUCAGAACAAAGUAUUGCUCCGAAUAUUUCAAAGAGUUCAAAAUCUACGGCGGUAAAGAGUAAUUUAGAAGCGUCAAAGAGUAAUUUAGAAGAGUCACCUUGUACGUCUGUGGUAACUAAGGAAUCCCUUCCAAAAGACACAAGAUUACAUAUCAAAGAACAAGAUAAUAUAUUAAAGAAGCAAUCCCAAAAAGAUUCAUUGAUUGAUACGGAAAAAGAACCUCGGAGUACAGAAACAUUGUCGCCAGAAGAGAAGUUGAUCACAGAAGUGUCUGCCAAGAAUUUGAAAACGCAAGAUAAUGUGAAAAUUAACGAGUCUCUGAAAGUGACAAGUUCAUAUGACCUCUCCCUUAAACAAAAUCUACUGUUUAAUUUAUUACAGGAUGUGUCAACUGAGAACACAAAAAAUCAAUCAGAAAUUACGACGAAUAAUAUAAAUAAGAGAUUUAGUAAUAUAGAAAUGGAAAGCGUACGCGAAACUUCUGACAUUGUAACAUUAAAUAGUAGCAAACAGAACGAUACGACAUCACGAGCUCAGUAUAACGUGGAAGACCAAAAUGAAAUAGUAUAUAAUAUCAAUAAUGAAACAUCCAAUAAAAAUUUACGAGAUGGAAUGCGUGAUAACAUGAAAGCGAAUAUUGAAAUAUUAAAUUCCACAAAGAUACAGUCUGAUUCAUUGAAUAUAUUGCAUAUUUCAGAAUCGUCCUCAUCAAACAACAUACAGGAAUCGAUAUCUCCGAGAAAAUAUCUCGGAAAGAAAUGUAAAUCUACCGAAAUAUCGGAGCCACAUAUCGCAGAUAAAGAACACGCCGAAGCAACAUCAGAAUUUUUCUUAAAUAUACAGCAACAAGAUCCUACAAAUGAACGAAGUAAUGAUUCUACUGAAACGUUUGAAAGUUUUGGGAAACUGUAUAUCGACGAAAGUGUGGAGAUGCAAACCCAGUGCGAUAAGAUGUCGUUUUUUGAAGAAGAUAACUUAAAAUUACAAGAUUCAAUAGAACUACUUGAUACGAUAAGCUGCGAUUCUACGAAAGUAACAUCAUUUUCUUUUCUCAAAAACACUGCUAAGGCAGAUUUAUCUGAUACAUAUCAAGAUUUCAAAAUUGAAGCACAAAACAUUGAGGAACUCAAUGAGGAACACCAGUCGUUACAAAUAGAGAAGAUGCAGCUACAGAAUGUAUCAUUGAAGUUUGAUGAUGAAUGCAAUGUGAGAGAAAGUGUGAUACAAUCGAUCAUAAAGAAACAUAAAGAUACGACAAAAGAAAAUAAUGAGCUAUUAAUAACAGAGGAGAUAGAGUUUCAAGAAAUGUCAUCAAAUCGUGAAGUUUCAAAAGACACAUUACAUGUCGAAGAGAGUAUGACAGAGUCGAUCUAUUUAAAAUAUCCUGAAGAUAUAGAAGAGAAAAAGAUGGAAAUAAACGCUCAAAAGCUUCCUGAAGAUAUAGAAGAGGAAACGAUGGAAAUAAACAUUCAAAAGCUUCCUGAAGAUAUAGAAGAGGAAAAGAUAGAGUUAAACGCACAAAAGCUUCCUGAAGACAUAGAAGAGGAAAUAGAUACUUACACUAUUAUUAAAAUGGACAACAAAAAUAGUGAGCAAUCACUAUUAAAAAUAGAGAAGAUCGGGUUUCAGAAAAUGUCUGUUUCAUCAAAAUUUAGAGAUCCGGAAGAUAUAUCAAGUAUCGAAGACAACUCGACAGAAUCGAUUUACUUUCAACUUCCUGAAGUUAUAGAAGAGGAAACGAUAAAUAUAGACACUCAAGAGCUUAAAUAUAUAAAAAAGAAGACGAAAAUAGAUACUCACAGUGGUAUUAAAGCAAUCAAUAAACAGCUCAAGCAUGUAUCCGAACAAAAAUAUAGAAAAUCGCAUACUCUUACACUUAAUUCUUUUCAAAGAGAUGAUUUUCUCGAUGUAGAUGAAAAAGAAGUUUCCGCCAAAACUGAUUUUCGUGAUGCCGAUGAUAUCGAAUAUAUUUCCCUGAAAAGCGAUGACUCCAAUAGCAUGCCGAGUAUCUUGAACAUUAGGAGUAUAUCACCAUCAUCAUUCGAGAAGAUGAAAAAUAUAAAUGCAUUUUUUGAAAAUAACUCAGAGUCGUUGACUAAAAAUGAUGAAAACUCAUUGGAUAUAAAUGACAAUUUGGGAAUUUCGGAUGAGAUAGACGAUAGGCUUUGUUUACGAUGCAAACGCAAAAGUAUGGUAUACUGUCAGGCUUGCUUGGAAGCUCAUUAUUGCUCCAAACGUUGUUCGUCUUUGCAUUGGAAUGCGGAACACUACAAGCAAUGCAAAGGUCGUAAUUCGAUUAUCUGUAUCGAUGAGUAGUAUAAAACUAUAUAUAUUUAUAUCUUAAAAUACUCCAUACAAUAAUCUUCUGCUAACAUG